UCUUUUUACGUCAACACAAGACUAGCGCGUGAACAGUGAGUAGAUUAGUUUUAAUAACUCAAAAGCUCUAAGGAUGGGUCGUUCCUCCAAAGAUAAACGGGACAUUUACUACCGUCUGGCCAAAGAGGAGGGCUGGAGAGCAAGGAGCGCCUUCAAGCUGCUGCAGCUUGACCACGAGUUCAACCUGUUCCCAGGUGUGAAUAGAGCCGUUGAUCUCUGCGCAGCACCUGGCAGCUGGAGUCAGGUCCUCAGUCGGAAACUCAGAGGGCGGGAGGAGAAGGGUGAUGGAGGUGAGGAGGUGAAGAUCGUGGCAGUGGAUCUGCAGGCCAUGGCUCCUCUGCCAGGAGUCACUCAGAUACAGGGAGACAUCACGAAGGUGUCAACAGCUCAGGAGAUAAUUCAUCACUUUGAAGGGCAGCCGGCCGACCUGGUGGUGUGCGACGGAGCUCCAGAUGUAACCGGCCUCCAUGAUGUGGAUGAAUACAUCCAAGCUCAGCUCCUGCUGGCUGCUCUGAACAUCACCACUCAUGUGCUGAAACCUGGAGGAACAUUUGUGGCCAAGAUCUUCCGAGGUAAAGAUGUGACGCUGUUGUACUCUCAGCUGAAGAUCUUCUUCAGCAGUGUGACCUGCGCCAAGCCUCGCAGCAGCAGAAACUCCAGCAUAGAAGCCUUUGUGGUGUGCCAGAAUUACUCUCCUCCUGAAGGUUAUGUCCCCAACAUGUCCAACCCUCUACUGGAUCACUCCUACGAUGUCGACUUCAACCAGUUAGAGGGUCCAAACCGCAUCAUUGUUCCCUUUCUGGCAUGCGGUGACCUCAGUGCUUUUGACUCAGAUAGAACCUACCCGCUUCAGCUUGAUCCUAGUAAGCAGUACCAGUAUACUCCCCCCACCCAGCCUCCCAUAUGCCCCCCCUACCAGCAGGCCUGCCAUCUCCGCAAGAACAACCAACUGUCCAAAGAGGAGGUGCCAUCUAUCUGUCCUAGCCAGAGGCCAGAUGGACUGGAGCCAUCAACCAACUCCACCUGAUUCCCUACAACCAACCUGGGACUGCUGAUGAUUAGUAGGAAAAACAGACCUGGAAACUGAGGACAGCAUUUUUACAGGAGAAGUGGCUGGAUGAGAUGUGUGUCGUGGCACACAUCCAGAACAAGUUCAACUUGACUUGGCACAAGCUACUAUUUGGUCUUGGAGGUUUACCAAGGGAGAGAUUUUUAUUGUUUAGACUGAUUAUAUAUAAUGUUCCUUAAGUCUGAACUUUUAUCCAUCACUAAGAAACUGUACAGUUUUUAUGUUUCAGAAAUAAAAAUGACCUGACAAAGCAA